AUGGUUCUUCCUGGAGCCAACCCCGGCAGAUCCUACUGGAUCGAGGCCGCAAGUUCGCCCCUACACGACCAUCGAUCAACCGAGGAGCUCCCGCAGACGACAGAUGUAGCCAUCAUCGGCGGAGGCUACACGGGUGCGGCCACCGCCUAUUGGCUGGACAAGAAUACCCAGGGCCAUGCAAAGCAGCCGUCGAUGCUUCUCUUGGAAGCUCGCGGCAUCUGUUCAGGCGCCACGGGUCGGAACGGUGGCCAGCUACGACCUCAUGCGUACUCGCGGUAUCCGAUCUGGGCAGCGCGCUUUGGCGCGCAGACUGCCAUGGAACUGAUCCGGCAUGAGAUGGAACACCUCGCGGCCUUCAGGGAGCUGGCCGAGGAGGAGGGUAUUACGGAGGAGAUAUGUCUCCAGUUUGGCGAAACCUUUGAUGCAGCCAUGACCGAGGAGGCUUGGACACGACUGAAGGGGGCUCUUGAUGCCAUGCGAAGGGACCACGGCGACGAGAACGACAUCGUCCAAGCCUGCAAGGUCAUCUCAGAUGCUGCCGAGGCCCAGGACUUUUCGCAGAUGAAGGGCGCUCUGGCCGCCGUGGUGCAUCCUGCUGGUCAACUGUGGCCAUACAAGUUCGUCCAUGCAAUUCUACGCAUCGUCAUGGCACGCGGAAACCUCAACGUACAGGCAUACACACCUGUAGAUCAAGUCUCGGAGCGGGACGCGGACGGAUGGAUACGCAUAUCAACCCUGCGAGGGCAUGUGCGCGCCAAGACUGUCGUGCAUGCGACCAACGCCUGGGCAUCGCACGUCCUUCCCGAGUACAGAAAGCUGAUCCUGCCCGUAAGAGGAACGCUUGCCGCUAUCAAGGCCCCCCCGGGCUUCAUCAAGCACACGGGUGCACAGCACUGGGAUGCCGUCGUCAACAACUACCACCUUCAGCUUCCGGCCCCAUACAACGUCAUCCUUCUUGGCGGAGCGCGGCAGUUUCUGGUACACCGACCUUCGGAAUGCGUCUUCAGAGGCGAUGACGACAGGCAGAUGCCAGGAGUUGCAGAGUUCCUCCGAACCUGGCCAUCUUCAGACGUCGUGGGAUGGCCCAUCUCCGAGGCGCACACCGAGCUUGCAGACGAGGCCGACUGCUGGACAGGAAGUUGGUGCGCCUUUACCUUGAGAGAUGAUGUCGAAGAGACUAACCAGAGUGGCACCGAAUAG